GGAUUGUUUAUUGAUUAUUAAAGAUUACGAAGGAUGUGACAAAGCUGCGAACUAUUGAAAUGAUCGAGAUACACAUGUGAACGUAUAUUACACGUUUCAUGCUGUAAAGUAUAAAGACCAAAAAUUUUUGAAACUCGUAUUCUUAUAGAUCAAUGAAAAUGGCAUUUACUUUAUGGUCACUCUACGAAGCUACUCUGUUAUGUUUAAACGCUAUUUGUGUGCUAAACGAAGAAAGAUUUCUUGUUAAAAUUGGAUGGGCCUCAUGGCAAAACGUGCAAGGAUUUGGUGAACCACCUACAGUUAAAUCACAGAUGUUAAACCUUAUUAGAUCAGUAAGAACGGUUGCUAAAGUUCCAUUAAUAGCGCUUAAUAUUUUAACAAUAAUUGUGAAGAUGGUUUUCGGUUGAAAAAAGAAAUCAUAUAUACAGCUAUUUCAAUGUUAUUGGUGAAUUAAAAAUUAGCCAUCAUAGCUAUUUAUAUAAUCGAAUUACAUAUAUACAUAUACAUACAUACAUAUAUACAUAUAUAUAUAUGUAUAUGUAUAUGUAUGUUUAUUUUUUAUAUUUUUUACAUUAAAAACAAAAUCAUCAUAAUGGACAGUAACAUUCUUGUAAAAAUAGGUGUAAAUAUACUUAUAUAAUUAUUAAAAUAAAUUAAUGCAAAAGAAAGAAAAAAAUAAAAGACCACCACGGUGAAAGAUAGAGGAAGAAACAAAAUAAGCCAUGACUUUGAUUUUUAAAAUUUCAUCCAUAUGUUAUAUUAAUUCAAGUUAAGUACAUAGCAAAAUUUUACGAUAUAUUCUGCUUUCAAAUGAACAAUAAGUGUCUAUUCACAUUCCAUAUAACUAGAUACUUUUGUAUCAUCGUUAGAAGAUAUAUUGUAACCUACAAGAUAAAUUAGAUCAGUGAAGUAUCUCUCGGUAUACCGUGAGAGAAUUUUUGAAGCUGAACGAUAGCCGGAAUCGUGAGACCUCCUUUCACUUUUUUAAAUAUGCCAAUUAUUGUAUAUAUAUAUAUAUAAAGCAAAGUAUAUCAAUAUUUCGUAAA